ACCGAAGAAGGAGACGCUCAGGAAGCGGGACGCUCACAGACUCAACGUGAGAUGGAAGAAGCAGAGUUUGAUGAGGUUUUAGAUGACUGGUUCAUCGAGUCCCUGAAAACGUACACAGAUCUCCAUGUGUAUCAGCUGGAACAUCCCACACAGGUCAUCGAGUGGACGUCAGGGAAGACCGUCUGCGUUGCAGGAUACACUUCGUCUAAAAAUGACAUCCUGGAGCUUCAUUUGCCUCAGAAACUCUUCGCUGAUGAAAAUAAGGGUCUCUGUGCAGAACGGGACUUCAGAGUUGUCCAUGGUGGUUUCACAGACGGUCCGGUUCGCUGCCUCAGGCACGUCCCAGGAACAAGGUUCGCCGUGACCAGCGAUGGGCGGAGCUCCAGCCUGCAGGUGUGGGACCUCGGAGGAGACGACAGCGAUGUGAUCAGAAGAACAGGAAGCAUCGAGGGGAGGAGGAGUGUUUCGGAGGGAAGCACCAGGAUCGCAGCUCGACUCUGGUCACAGCCGCAGAUUCUUCACGGAGCUCGGAGCGGCGACGUGCAGCUGACGCAGCUGAGCUCAGGACACACGCUGUAUGAACUAGCAGAGACCGACUCAGCAGAUCCUCUGACUUCCUUACAGUUUCUGAGUGACGGUCUUUUCCUCGCCGGCUGCUGUAACGGGAGCAUUUAUGUCGCCGACACUCGGACGUCUGCUGCUCCUCAGCUUUUGCCUCCACCAGCGUCUUCAGGGGAAUCUGUCCUCUGGUGGACGGACGCCUCUGCAGGUCCGGACCCGUCCAGCUGCAGGGUCGUCAGGCUUUCCUCGUCCGGACAGGCGGUUGUUUCAGACCUGAGGAACCUGGGAGGAGCUGUGAGUCGGGCUCAGCUGGACACUCAGACACGUCGCUGCGGCCCGGACGACGUCAGGCUGUCGUGGGCUCCAGCGUUGGACAACUGUAUCGCUGUGUCAGGUUUCAGCGGAGCGGUUCAGAUCUACGACACCUCAGUGUGGAGGACGGAGCUGCAGGAAGCUCAGGCGCUGUUUGAGCACCGUGGUCACGUGGUUUCCAGCGACGCCGCCGCCCCCGUCUUCGUCACCUCCCACGUCUGGCAUCCCGAUCGACCCCGGACGCUGCUGUCGGCAGCCUCAGACGGCUCCGUCCACGUGUGGGACUGGGUGGACCGAUCGGCUGCUGGCAGUCCAGAACCAGGAGCAAGGUGAAGCUGUAGCUCACCUGGGACAAGGAUGAUGAACAGAGCUCAUGUUUUAUCUGAUGUUUGGCAAAACAGGCUGAAGCCACAGCUGAACAAAGAAAGAGAAGAAAACAAUCACUCACCUGUCGCCUGUCACCUGUGCAUCCUCUACCUGCCUGCACUGUUCAUGAUGCACUGAAGACAUGAAAGUGGAACCUGUUUCACUAACCAAUAAAACAUAAAUGUUAUCAUCUUCUUCUUCUCUCUGCAGUAAACAGAAACAAACAGUUUACAGUUAAAUCAGUUAAAGUCACAGCUGUUCUGGGAACUGCUCUCCUUUAAAUACUGAUUUAACCAGAUGGUUAAAUUAUAUUACAGCACAUAUUUGUAUUUGUUUUCAUUUACUAUGAAAUACUGAGACGGCAGAAAGGUGGAGACCAGGUUAACAGGGUUUUAACUGCUGUGUAAAUGUUCUAUGUGCUUUUGUUCUUCUGUUUCCUUCAUUAAAAUUAGUUUUUAUUAAUCUCUAAAUGUUUUACGUUU